CCGUGUUCACAAAGCAAAUUGACAUCGAUUUUCAAUGUCAAGUGACAUUGAUUUUCAAUUUUUGUCAUCGGUUCUCAAACUUGGUGUUCACAAAGAAAAUCGAUGUCAAAUGACAUCCAAAAUCGAUUUCCAAAUUGCAAUCAAUGACACUGAAAAUGAAAUUGAUAUUGGGCAUUGUCAAAUUGAAAAUUGAUGACAAUCACCAUGGUAAGAAAACAAUAUGGCCGACAUUGAAAGACGUCUUCGUCGCGCUCGAUACAUAAAUGAAUUGUUUCCAAUGGAUAGGAGAGUUUUCCGUGAUCGAACGAACCCAUUGGAAACUUUGUCCCCGAUGGAAAUUCGUGAACGGUACCGGUUUUUCCCGGAAACUAUUCUGUUUCUUGUCAACAUGCUGAAUUUGGAGAGGGCUACUGAACGUUCUUGUCCUCUUCCGCCGCUCAUUUCAACUUUAGCGGCAUUGCAUUUCCUUGCAACUGGCACACACCACAUUGUGACGGCAGGGCUGCAUGGAAUCUCAAGGUCCAGUGUAUCUAGAGCGGUCAAGCAAUUCACGGACAGCGUGUGUCUACAUCUAAAUGACUUCGUUUUCUUCCCAAAUAUCGAAAAUGUGCAACGGACGGUGCAAAAACAGUUUUACAACAUCGCUGGUUUCCCCCAAGUGGUUGGUGUUGUUGAUGGGACACAUAUCCGUAUUCAAGCGCCUAGCGCCAACGAAGACGAUUAUGUGAACAGAAAGGGAUUUCACUCCCUUAAUGUACAGAUGAUUUGUGAUGCCACUUUUCGGUUUGUUGACGUAGUCGCAAAGUGGCCUGGGAGCGUUCACGAUUCAAGGAUCUUUCGUGAAAGCGCCAUACGUCAGCGUUUUGAAAGAGGUGAAAUCGACGGUCUUCUGCUUGGUGACUCUGGCUAUGGAUGCAAGAGGUAUCUUAUGACACCAUAUCAAAACACCGACAGUCCUUGUAAGGUAUAG